AGGAGGAGAAAGAGAGGAUAUUUUUUCUCUCGCGAGGAACUCUGGGAGUGGUAGUUUUUUGCGCGGCAUGACACCCAUUCCAUUAAUGGCGCCGCUGCCUCCCUUGAACUACAACCCCCAGGCGGCCUUAGCAGGGGAAGCCACGACGAAGAAUUAAGUGUGUGUGGGGGGGAUGGAGAAUUGUGUUAUGUGUGGUAUUCCUUUCUAACGUUCCCUGUUGUGUGAAUGUGUGUGUGAGUGUGUGUGGACGUGCCCUCUCUCGAACCGCCUUCGACCGCUUCACUUCCUCUGAGGCGACGAAGACGACGAGGAGGAGGAGGAGGAGGAGGAGAAGAAGGCCGCCAUUACAACUGCAACCGACGGCUGCUUCUCUCCACGAAUCCAUUGAGAGCCUCACUGCUUUCAAAUAAAACUAAUAAUAAUUAAUAAUAAUAAUAUUAAUAAUAAUAAAGAGGAAUCCAGUCUCUUUGAAGAUUCAAGGCUGAAGGGAAGCUUCCCCCCCCCAAAAAAAGUGGGUGCUGCUGGUGAUCUUAAGAAGAACAGCAGCAACAACAACAAUAUAAUAUUGGAAAGAAUACAGUAUAAUAUAAUACUGUGAAUCAUCCCUUCCUUCCUUUCUACCAAAAGAAAAAUCCAGUUUGCUUCCAGUUAAAGUCAAAAAGAAAACAUUGAUGUCUGCACCUCUACUUGUCUCUGACCGAAGGUCUUCUCUUACAGCUCAGUCCUGAGUUUACUCAGAAGCAAGCUUCACUGAGUUCAGUGGAGCUUUUGCUAGUCUGGAUUGUGUUGAGAGCAACCAGCUAGCUGGCUGGCAGGAAUCCUGGAUAAGAGAAUAGACUGGAUGUCCAACUUGGAUUUCUUGGGAUUAUGUUUCAGGUCAAUCAAUACUGGAACAAUUCAUCAGAGCUGGUAUGAUUAAGCCCCCUUCCCCCCACACCUGGCACGUUCCAGAUAUGUUGGGCCAUGGCUCUUAUUGUCCCCAGUAUUUGGAGGUGACAGGGUUUAUAGUCCAGUGCCCUUGAAAGGCCUUACAUUGGAGAAGUCUGGGUUAGACUACUGGAGCGACUCAGGUCUGGUCUCCAUUCAGUCGUGAAACAUACUUGGUAACCUUGGACAAGUCCGCUGAUUACAAACUUUUGGUCUUCCAUUUGUUUUGGACUUCAGCUCCCAGAAGCUCCAGCCAACUUGGCCAAUAGUCAGGAAUUAUGGGAUCUGAAAUCCAAAUAAUCUGGAACACCAAAGGUUGAGAACCACUGGGCUAGUCAGACUCUAGCAACCUUACCUCACUUGGCUAUUAUGGGGAUAAAAUGAAGUGGCCAUGAACAUCCUUAGUGAUAUCAAUUCUACUUAUUUUAUGUCAUGUUUUCUUCUAUGGACCUCAAAGUGUAAUGACAUAAUUCUUAUCAGAGCUUGGAUAAAUGACUUUUUAAAGGGCUACAGCUGACUAUGGGAUUCUGGAAAUUGUCAAAAAAGUAACUUUCCCCAAACUCUGAUUUCCAGGUAGUUUUCCACUUACUCAUUGACCAGGUUCUGGCAAUUUAGGUUCAAUAAAAUUCUUGUACCGUAGGAUUGUCACAGAGUUGCAAGGGACCUUUGAUAACAUCCAGUUUAACCCCUAUGCAGUGAAUGUGUCACUACCACAUCCUUGACAGAUGGCUUUCCAGCCUCUGUUUAAAUUCUUCUGGUGGAGGAGAAUCUGCUGCUUGCUGAGGUUUGGUUCUACUGUCAAACAGCUCUUAUGGUCAGGACAUGUCCCCUAAAGUUUAACCAACAUCUGCUUUUCUUUUCUGCAGUUUCAGUCUCUUUGCUCUACUCCUGUCCUCUGGAGCCUUCUCUUCUGUUUUUCCUUUGUUUCAGGGUUGGUGGAUAGAUGAGUGGGAUCGUUGUUGGACCACAGCUUCCUUCAUGCCUUAGAGCAGUUAGUAUUCAAGGGCAUUGCAGGUUCUCCAACCAUCUCUCCAGAUUAUGGUGUCCCAUCCAUACACUGAUUAUGUGCAUACCUGCUUAGGUUCAACAAUACCACAGUAUCAGCUGCUCCCAGAUGAAUCACUGUUUUUCUUUGCUUUCCCCCCACCCUCCACAUGUUACAGUUCUUAGGACAAGGCUGUGGCAGGAGAAUCCAAGCCUCUUGUGUUCUGGAUGGUGCUGGUUUUUGAGAAGGUAGUGGUGGACUUCACCAGGGAGCCUUUUUGGGCCUGAACCAAAGAAAGUUGUGCUGUGGUGUCAUCAUGCCGAAUAAAUAUACAUCCGUGGCUUUGCUCGGGUUGCCUGUUGAGGAACCAGAGCUCAUCUGCAAAAUUGAGCCAGAGGAAGAGCCAUGGACAAAUGAACAAACUGCUAGAGAACUGCAAAUCCUACCUGGAAGCAAAUCAGCCACUGAAACUCCAGAAGCUGCCAUAGCACCCUACCGGCAGUACCGAGGCACCACAUGGACCUACCCUGAGGUCAUUGAUCUCCUGGUCAUCUGGAGGGAGCGGGAGAUCCAGCAGGAGCUCCUCAGGAGCCAUCGGAACAUCGAAACCUUUCAGGUUGUGGCCAGCAAGAUGGCUAAGAGAGGCCACAAGCGGUCAGCGCUGGAGUGCCGGUCAAAAAUCAAAACAUUAAGGCGAGACUAUCGGAUAGCGAAGGCCAACAACUCUCCAGGGAAGGGGCAUCUUGCAUGGCUUUUCUAUGACCGGCUCGACCACUUGCUGGAAAAUGACACUGAGACCCCGCCUCCCGAGAAAUUGGCUGGUAUAAGUCACCAACGGGCAUGUAUGGCAGAUUCUGCAUCACAAUGUUCCACGGAGGAGGAGGCAGCAACCACAGCAGAGAGGACUAAGAAAUCCAGUACAGGCUAUCGGGACUUGGUGGCCCUGAGGACGCAAUCUCCAGCAGAGACCUCUGGUCUGGGAGACGGAUUUCCUGCGUUGCGCAUCAAGGAAGAAGCCCCUGAUGAAAUGCCAGUCACACCACCCAUGGAAGUCAACAGUCCUGUUCCUCCACUGACAUCUGCUCCAUGUGAUAAACCAAGCAGCUCUGCUUCAACAAUAGAUGGUGCUAUAACCCCUUCCCAUAGCCCCAUACCUGGCCCCUCAGAUUCUUAUGCUGCUGAGCGCCUGGUCAACAUCCGAAAGCGGAAAAGGAAAAACAGGCAAGACAUGGCCCUGGAUAUCACCCAUGCCGCUGAUAGACGGAUCCAAAUGGCCACCGACCAGAUCCUGUCAGCUCUUGGAGAAUACACAAGGGCUGAUCUGGAGGACCGCGAGCGAGACCGUAUGGACACGGAACAGAUCAUUGCGCUUAUGAACCGCCAGACAGAACUCCUGGAAUCGCUGGUGCGAAAGCAGGCUGAGGCCCAGGCCUCAGAGUCCCCUGCGGUGAACCAGCACGACCAGCUGAAUCAUCCAGCAGACCCUUCUCCCUUACGCUUGGGCAUCACCAAGCGGCAUGCAGCCAAGGCCAAAUUCCGGCGAUGACUCCGGAGUUGUAGGCCCAGCUUUAAAAGAAUAGGCUUUCCCAUGGCUUGUUAGCAUGCAGGACUUUGAGGGUACCUUUGUAAGUGGGUUGUGGCUUUACCUUUCAGGAACUUUUUCCAUCCCCUUUUUACAGUGAUUGAUUUUAUUUGCCAGUUUAAUAAAAAGGAGAACAAAAAAAAUUAAA